AGUGAACACCAAAAUUCUCAACAUUUAAUAACAUUCUAACUUAAUGCCAAUAUGUUGAAUGAGACACGUAUAUAUCAUGAGAACGAGGAAGUAAGUUGAACUAAUGAUACUAUAUAAAUCAAUGAAUGACAAAAAAAAAAAAAAAAAAAAAAAAAAAAAAAAAAAAAAAAAACAUUAUUCUGGCUAACAACUUAAUACAAAUCCACACCGUAUUAGCUGGUCAACAGCCUGGUCAAUUUGUUGAAAAGAAACAUAAAAUAUUAAUCACACUUGUCUUCCAUACUUUCUCCUACUCUGAUAGUCUGAUGAGCAGACAUUGAAUUUCAGGCAUUCCUCCGUUGACCAUUAUUACUUUUUUUUUUUUUUUUUUUUUUAUUAUUAUUUUCUUUUCGCAUUUGCCGUGUUUUUUUUUUAAAAUUUUUUUUUGAAUAAGUUAACAUUUCUUUGGUCUGCUAAUGAAACCCAAGUUUACAAUUGUACCACCUUAAUUUGUACGGAAACAUUUUGAAGACUUUUCUUCCUCUCCCUUUUUUUGUGCAAAGAAAUUGAACAGCUUUCAUAAUCAAUUCAAGCAUUCAAAGUGUUUUGGUAAUUUUGUAUUAAUAACUUUUGGUUAUAAGGAAAAAUAUCUUCGUUGUGGUUACAUAGUAUGCCUUGUUUCCCUUGCUCGUUUGGUAAAAGAGUAGAGUCUGCUGUAAGAACUCCUGCUGCUGCUGCUGAAGAAUUUGCAGGAGUUCAGAAUGUAAAGCAAUACAGCUACAAAGAACUUAAAGUUGCUACUGAUGACUUCUGUAUAACCAACAAAAUUGGAGAAGGUGGUUUUGGGUCUGUGUAUAAGGGAAAGCUUAAACAUGGAAAGGUUGCUGCCAUCAAAGUUCUGUCGGCUGAAUCGCAGCAAGGGGUUCGUGAGUUUUUGACUGAGAUAAAGGUGAUCUCAGAGAUACAGCAUGAAAACUUGGUCAAGUUGUAUGGCUGUUGUGUGGAGGGGAGCCAUAGAAUACUCGUUUACAACUAUCUAGAAAACAACAGCCUUGCACAGACUCUACUAGGCAGGGGAAACUGUAGCAUUAAGUUUACUUGGAGAAUACGUUGGAAUAUCUGCGUAGGAAUAGCUCGUGGGCUUGCUUUUCUUCACGAAGAAGUACGUCCACAUAUAGUGCAUAGAGACAUCAAGGCAAGCAAUAUCCUGCUCGACAAAGACCUCACUCCCAAAAUUUCAGAUUUUGGUCUUGCGAGGCUUAUGCCACCCAAUGCCACUCAUGUUAGUACACGGGUCGCUGGCACAUUAGGCUAUCUGGCUCCAGAAUAUGCAGUAAGGGGGCAACUGACUCGAAAAGCAGAUAUAUAUAGUUUUGGUGUUCUCCUGGUGGAAAUUGUCAGUGGAAGAUGUAACACGAACAUGAGAAUGCCAGAUGGAGACAGAUAUCUUCUAGAGCGGAUAUGGGAAUACUAUCAGCGAAGGGAGCUUGUAGAACUGGUGGAUAUAUCAUUAGAAGGGCACUAUGAUGUAGAGGAGGCUUGCAGGUUCCUUAAGAUAGGCCUGCUUUGCACCCAAGAUGCUCCCAAGCUUCGACCAGCCAUGUCCUCUGUGGUGAAAAUGCUGACAGGUGAAAAGUGCAUCGAUGAAAUGAAGAUAACAGCACCAGGAUUGCUCUCUGAUCUUUCUGAAGUUACAAUCCGGAACACCCACGACAACGCUGAUACCAGAACUACGUCUGUAUACAAAGAUUUAUACUCCAGCUCAGACAGCAUGAACAAUUCAACCUUUUCAUCUGGAGCUUCAACUAGUGCCACAUUGACAUUCACAGCAGUUAAAGAAAGAAGUCUGUAAAAUUCUGGAUUGAAUAUUUCUGAGAAUCCCAUGUCAAUGUACUUUAAUUUGA